AUGGAAGUGGUCUCGGAUCACUCUAAGAAACCACUCAUGUGUAAGGUUGAUACUAUCGCUGAGGGAAACGUUAUCUCUCUGAGUACAUACAAAUCACUCUUCCCAAAUGCAUCCUGUAACCCUGGUGGCAUUCCCACUAGCCUCACACCAUCCAGCACCAUCAUCACUGCGUUUGGUGGACAUACUGUUGGUCAUCGUGGCACUUGUGUACUUAAACUGGAUUAUGGUGGCUCCUGUAAACCACGCCCAUUCCAUGUUGUUGAUGCUGGUGGCCCAACCAUACUAGGCCUACCAACAUGUACAGAUUUGAACCUGGUAACCAUGAAUUUCAGUAUCACGAACCAUGAAGGGGCUUCCAGGCCAAGCACCACACCUCGACCUAUCUGCAACCCAGAUCCAGCUGCUGAAGAGCAGGUGCUCAAACAGUUUAAGGAUUGCUUUGAAGGUGUCAGUUGCUUUCAGGGCGAAUAUCGCAUUACAGUUGAUCCUGCCGUUCCCCCAGUAGUGCACCCUCCACGAAGAGUUCCAGAGGCCCUCAGGGAGCCCUUGAAGAAUGAACUUGUUUCAUUGGUUGAGCAAGGAAUCUUGGCAAAACUACUAACUGGGUCAACUCCCUUGUAUGUGUCACUAAGAGUACUGGUGCACUGUGGCCUUGCCUGGACCCUUAAGACCUGA